AUGAAAGUCAACAAUGUUUGCAUUGAUGUCUGUGAAAAGAACGUAAAUAGAAAAAUCAUUCGUUGCAAUUCAAACCAAUUCGGAUACGGUCUUAUCCAUGUGUUGACACAUUUAGACAGAAUAUUCUACCGAAUCGAUUUUGGACUUGGUAUAGAAAUCAACAUGGUACCGGUUUUAAAAGGAAUACUAUCCCAUCAGAUUUUCCAAAAAUGCAUUUAUGUGCAAUUUCGAGGCAAAAAGGAGAUCCUAUCGAAUGAGAUCUUUGACUAUUUGUUGGAGAAGACUCAGCCUACUAUUGGUAUUACUAUAUUUUGCAGUCUGAGUCCUGAUUUCGAUUAUAAAAAGAUUCUUCAUUUUUCCCGCCUUCGUGUACCAAACCUUGGUGAAAUGCCGCUGAAAGACCUGAAGGCUUUGGAUUGUGAAAUCGCCAUUUUGGGAAGUCAUCAGUUCAAAGAAGCUGAUAUCAAUGAAUUCCUUCAUCACUGGAUAAAAGGAAACAAUCGGAAAUUAAGACGUCUGAAGCUUGAUGGAUUCCAGGAAGCUCCAGAUUGGGAUAUUUUAUUGAAAGACAUAGUUCAUACGGAAUGGAAUCCAAAAGAGAGAGGAAAGUACUACAAAUCAAAAUAUACGAACACAAUGGAAACUAUCGAUUGUCAGAAUGGGAGAGACUUCAAGAACAAGGAAGGACAAAUGUCUACUGUAGUCCAUCAUUGGAAAUUCCUGGAUUUUCUCAUUUGGAGUGACCCGUUCCCAGAGUAA